CUAUAUUUCUGUAUCUAUGAUGUAUAUUCCAAGAAACCAACUUUUUGACCAAAGACCAAGAUUUUGAAGCAUCACAAGAUCUUGAAUCUUUAUUUAUUCACUUAAUUUGUAAUAAUAAUAAUGCUAGAACUUUUAUGCUCCUUCAAUAAGGAUAUUCUAACAAUCAAGCCUCCAAAAAAGGCUUCGGUUGUAUGGAGAUUGAUGCUAUCAGCAUUUGCAAUGGUGUGUGGUAUUUAUAUAUGUUCAAUUUGUUUAAAGCAAAUGAAACUUCAAAACACGAAUAGGUUUUUAUUCUUUCAAGAUUACGAGAGGCCUUGUUACGACACCGUUGUUGAUCGUUCGCAAAUACCUUACUUGCAUUACCCAAAGCCCAAAACAUUCAAUAGGUCGGAGUGUGCUGGAAAUCCUGUGCGGUUGUUUGCCAUUGUGUCUAUGCAAAGAUCGGGAAGUGGAUGGUUUGAAACUUUGUUAAAUAGUCAUGUAAAUGUGAGUUCUAAUGGCGAGAUUUUUGGCCCAAAGAGUAGGAGGGAUAACGUGUCAUCAAUAGUUAAAACGCUUGAUCAGGUUUACAAUCUGGACUGGUUUACUAGUUCUUCCAAGAACGAAUGUUCUGCUGCGAUUGGAUUCAAAUGGAUGCUUAACCAGGGAUUGAUGCAACAUCCUAAAGAGAUAGCACAAUACUUCAAUGAUAGGGGUGUUAAUGUAGUUUUCCUCUUGCGGAGAAAUGUAUUGCGAAGAUUGGUCUCGAUGCUUGCAAAUGUCUAUGAUAAAGAGGCCAAGCUGCUAAAUGGAGUCCAUGUGUCUCAUGUGCACUCUCAUGAAGAGGCUUCUUUACUUUCAAAAUACAAACCUGAAAUCAAUGUCACAUCACUGAAAUCGGAUUUGAGGGGAAUGGAAUCGACGGCCAUAAAGGCACUCAACUAUUUCAAUGGCACGCGCCACAUCAUAAUCUACUAUGAAGAUCUCAUGAAAGACCCCUCUAAGCUCAUAGAAGUUGAAGAUUUUUUGAAGUUGCCACGGAUGAAUUUGACAAGUCAACAGGUCAAAAUACACAAAGGGGCGUUAUCGGAGCACAUCAAUAACUGGGAAGAAGUCAACAAGACACUUAGUGGAACAGCUUAUGAGAAAUUUCUACAAGCUGAUUACUGAUGGAAGACUCGUGUAAAUAACCUUUGUUGCAACUAAUUGAACCCGAUAGGAGCUGAGAUACAAACCUGUUUUUAUUAACCCAAAAAACCACCAAAGAUGGUGGUUUUUUUUUUGUCAGUAUAGUGUUGUUUCUUGCAGAUUUGUUUUAGGAUACAUUCAUUGAAUGCUAGGUAGAUUUACGUGUUCUUUUUUGCUUGUAGGAAACAUUUUGAGAAAGUGUAAUUAGGUUAGAAAUCUUCAGUUAGUGUCUCACUAGCUGUGGUGAUGUUCUUUUAAGUCAAGAUAUACGUGUGUCAAAGUCUAUUUGACAAUGCACAUCAAUGUAUGCAAUAUUGUUUUCAGGUAAUCCUAUCCUUGUUAUACUGUUUCUAUUAAAGGUGAUGAAUUGAUUUGAGUUCUUUUUUAUUUCCAA